UUUACUUUGACAUAUUUAUAUUUCUCAACGUAAAAUGUCUUUUUAUGAAGCUAAGGCAAUCCUUAUUACAGGCGGAACCGGCUUUAUCGGUGGUGAAGUAUCGCGACAUCUUACUAUCAAAUAUCCCGAAAAAUUCUUUGUAGUAUACGACAAGCUUGAGUAUAGCUCGAGCAUAAAUAACAUUAAAGGACUUCUAAAACUUCCUAACUUUAAAUUUAUUAAAGGAGAUAUACAGAACUAUGAUUUGGUCCUUUCAAUCUUGGAAAUUUUCAAAAUUGACACUUUGCUUAAUUUUGCUGCGCAAUCACACGUGGAUUUAUCUUUUAAAAACUCCCUUGAAUUUACUAAGACUAACGUACUAGGCACUCACGUCCUCCUGGAAGCAGCUCGUAAGGUUCAAGUCAAGCGCUUUAUUCACGUUUCUACCGACGAAGUUUAUGGCGAUAUCCCCGACGAUUCGGCUAAAGAAACAAGGACCUUGGAUCCCACCAAUCCAUACGCUUUUUCUAAAGCAGCUGCUGAGUUGGUAGUAAAGGCCUACAUUAAAAGUUUCCAAUUUCCGGCCAUAAUAACAAGAGGAAAUAAUGUCUAUGGCCCCCGCCAGUUCCCUGAAAAGGUUAUACCUAAAUUUAUAUUGCGUUUACUUCACGGCAUGAAAUGUUGCAUACACGGAAAGGGGAAUGCCCGCCGUACUUAUGUUUAUAUUUCAGAUGUUGCUGACGCUUUUGACCUUAUUAUCCAUCGAGGGAAAAUACAUGAGGUGUAUAACGUGGGUUCCUUCGAGGAAUACACAAUUAAGGAACUUGCACUGAUUGUAAUUAACAAAAUACACGGAGUCGAAGGCGAAGCGGCGGAAACAUACAUCGAAUAUGUGAAGGAUCGCCUUAUAAACGACCAGCGAUACUCUGUUUCUACUGAGAAAUUAGCCAAUUUGGGAUGGCAGGCUCAACACGACUUUGAACAGGGACUCGAAAAAACUAUCGAAUGGUAUAAACACGAAGCUAAUGAUUGGUGGAGUGAAUACGAAUACGCCCUCGCUGCUCACUCAGCAGCCCAGUACACGUGCUAGAACAGGAUCAUAUAUUUACUAAAAAUUUA